CAAAAUAACCGACUGCAAUAACCUCAAAAACAAAAUGAACAAACACCAUAGUAACCGUGGCGAAAUGAAUAACUUCAACAAAUUUUAUUGAUGAUUUUAUUGAACAAACAAUUUAAACGAGAAGCAAAAGAACUACGUAACAUAAACCAAGAAAGUGAAGGAAAUGGAUAAACCGCAAAUGAUCGAGCACAUACAACAGAAUGUGGACUAUACCAUUUAUGAUGUAAAAUGGAUACCAUGCUCUGCGAAAUUUGUGGUACUCGGUUCAAAGCCCAAUAGCAAUGGUAUUUUACAAAUAUACGAGCUGAAUGAAGCCAAAGCUGAGAAAAUUAAGCAAGUUGUCAAAAAGACCGCUUUCAAAUGUGGCACUUUUGGCGCAUCCAGCCUGCGUAAUCGUCAUAUGGCAAUUGGUGAUUUUGAGGGACGUAUGCAAGUACUUGAUUUGGAGCGACCAGAUUUGCCGGUGUACAAUGUCGAGGCGCACAAGAGCAUUAUAAAUGCGAUUGAUGCCAUUGGUGGCAAGCAGUUGGAUUGUGGUGCACCAGAGAUUGUCACGGGCAGUCGUGAUGGCGCCGUGAAAGUGUGGGAUAUGCGUCAGGGCUCGGCGCCAGUUGUCGAUAUUAGCCCGGAGACAGUAAAAGGCGAUGGCAUAAAUCACAAUGAACGACGUGACUGUUGGGCUGUCGCUUUUGGCGAUAGCUACAAUAAUGCCGAACGCUGUGUGGCGGCUGGUUACGAUAACGGUGAUCUGAAACUGUUUGAUUUGCGACAACUGGCCGUACGCUGGGAAACAACACUUAAAAAUGGCAUAUGUGGCAUUGAAUUUGAUCGCGCCGAUAUACCAAUGAACAAAAUGGGUGUCACUACACUCGAAGGUGGACUGCUGGUAUACGAUAUGCGCACGCAGCAUCCAACGAAAGGAUUUAGUUGUGUGGAAGAACGAAAUGCCGGCCGCAGCGUUGGUUCGAAUGGUGUUAUAACGGGACCUAAAUCAACGGUUUGGGCUAUAAGACAUUUACCGCAAAACAGAGAUGUAUUUGUUUCUUGCGGCGGCACGGGCUCUAUACGUUUAUGGCAGUACGAGUAUCCAGAAAAACGGCGCAAAACCGAUGCAGAUGAAAACGAAAUUGGUGUAUCGGGUACAUUGCAUAUGUUGCAUGCCUCAACGGUAUCAUCGCAACCUGUACAUAGCUUCGAUUGGCAUCCCGACAAGUUGGGUUUGGCUGUGUGCGGUUCGUUCGAUCAGUGUGUGCGUGUUUUAGUGACCACGAAAUUAAAUUUACUUUGAAUAAAUAUUAGCUGUAUUUGAAAUACAUUUUUUUUUUAUUUUA